AUAUUUAUAUUCAAUAGCUCAUCCCAAAAAAAUAUAUCCACUUUUGUUUUAUUUAUUCAUUCAUUCAUUCCAUUUAAACGUUUGAUGUGAAACCAAGUCUUCCAAGAUAAACUAAAAAAAAAAAACAACUAACAACAUGCCUUACACAAACGUUAACGAAUGGUUGUGGCAAAAAAAAAUUUUCUUUUAUUGAUCCAGAUAGUAAGAAAAAACAUGUAUUCCUGAAAUUAUACGAAAACUGAAAAUUUGAUUAUUUGUAAGGUAAGUACAAUAGUUGCUUUUUUUGUAUACAAAAGAAAUGAUCUCGGAAUUGAGCUUGCCAAAAUACUAUUGAUAUAUAUAUAUUGAUAUAUGAUUCAAUUCAUCAUCACUUCAUUAUUUGUUAAAUUAUGACAUUGAAAGUAAAACACAUGAAUACAUUGAUCAUUGUAUACACUUUUACCAAAAAAAAAAAAAAAAACAAUUAUCAUUACAAACAUGGUAGCAUCCAAGAUUUCACCCAAAUACUUUACCAAAAAUUUUGUAGAUAUGAUUGAAAAAUAUUUAAUAAAUAUCUCUUGUUCAAUGCAAUUUGUGUAUAGUAGAAAAUGUUUAUAUUCGAAAAUUAUUCCAUUCGAUAUAACCAAUUAAACAAAGUUGUAUAUGCCCCGAAAAAAAAUCUGGGUUCAUCUUGUCAUCGAUAACCAAAAUUAUCGUCUAAUGAUCAAUUUGACUUUGCACAAAUUGUUCAUCUGUUCAAUUUUUUUUUCUAAAUAAAUGUUAUUUAUUAUUAAAAUGGGUGUACCUAGUUCAGAAAAAAAAAUCUACCAAUAAGAUCAAUUAACACUUGCAAUGUUAAGCUGUUUUGAAUAAAGUUACAACUACAUUAACUAUUUGUUCGAUUUUAGUCUCUCAUAUUUAAGUCAUUUAAAUGGAAAUCUUUAUUAUAUCAAUUUAUCACCAGUAACGUUGCUUAUUAUUGAUUAGAUAAAUUGUUCUCAAUUCAUGACAUAUCAUCAAACAAUACUGUGCACCCAUUUUUGUACCGAGUUUUUGUAACAGUUUUUUUUCAACCAGACUUGUUUUAUAUUUAAAUUGAAAAAAUCAAUCAAUCACAUGUUAUUAUUAUUCAAAAACAUAUUCAAACAAAUUCAAUCAAUUGUCAACCAUGACCAAACGAAUUGCAAUUAUUGGUGCCGGUGUUUGUGGCAUUACAUCUGCUAAAGCUUGUGUUGAACAGAAUUUUGAACCAGUUAUAUUUGAAAAAACUGAUUACACUUGUGGCCUAUGGCGAUAUCAAGAAAAUCUGGAUGAAGAUGGUAUUGCUUCGGUUAUGAAAUCAACAGUUAUCAAUACAAGUAAAGAAAUAUCGGCAUUUUCGGAUUUUCCACCACCAAUUGAAUUGUCAAAUUAUAUGCAUAAUAGUAAAUUGUGUGCAUAUUUUGAUUCAUAUGGAGAAUCAUUUGGAUUCAAAAAAUAUGUCCGUUUUCGUCAUGAAAUACUUUCACUUGAAUUGGCUGAUGAUUUUAUCAAAACUGGUCGUUGGAAAGUUACUUAUAAAAAUUUAAAUAAUGGUGAACAAACAAUGGAAAUAUUCGAUGGUGUCUUGGUUUGUAUUGGACAUCAUAGUAAACCAUAUUAUGCUACAUUUCCGGGCCAAGAAAAAUUUAAAGGUACAAUCAUGCAUACACAUUCAUUGAAACAUGCUAAAGGAUUUGAAGAUAAAACUGUUGUCGUUGUUGGCAUUGGUAAUUCAUCAUUAGAUGCAUCAGUUGAACUAGCAACCGUAACCAAACAGCUUUAUUUAUCAACAAGACGAGGAGCAUGGAUUUCUAAACGUGUUGGAAGUAAUGGAAUUCCUGGUGAUGCUGAAUUUAUUAGACGUUAUGUCAGUUAUAUUACAAAUAUUCUUCCGUACAAUGUGAUUUGUAACAUAUAUGAAAAAAAAUUGAAUGCAAAUUUUGAUCAUGAAUUAUAUCAACUUAAACCUAAACAUCGUGUAUUUGCUCAACAUGUUACAAUCAACGAUGCAUUAGCUAAUCGUAUAUUAUCUGGUGUUGUCGUUAUUAAAUCUGAUAUUGAACGUUUCACGGCUGAUGGUGUGGUUUUCAAAGGCGAAACUAAAGUGACUAAAUGUGAUGCCGUAAUCUUGGGAACUGGCUAUCGAUUUGAUUAUCCAUUUCUUUCGCAGGAUAUUUUACCUGUAAUUAACAAUGCUACCAGGCUUUAUAAAUUUCAAUUCAUACCUAAUAUAAAACCGGCUCAUACAUUGGCAUUUAUCGGUUUGAUACAACCUAUUGGAGCUAUAUUUCCGAUAGCUGAAUUACAAGCACGAUGGUAUGCACAGCUAAUGUUGGGAAAUAAACGAUUACCUACAAGUACCGUUAUGAAUGCUGAUAUUGAUCGACGUCUGGUUAAAAUGCAUAAACAAUAUUAUGGCAGUAAUCGUCAUACAAUUCAAGUUGAUUUCAUACCAUUCAUGGAUGAAUUAGCUACUGAAGUUGGCUGUAUGCCGCCGGUGUGGAAAUAUUUGUUUACUGAUCCAAAAUUAUUUCGUACAUUAUUAAUGGAACCAUCAGUUGCAUAUCAAUAUCGAUUGGUUGGACCUAAUUCAUGGAAAGGAGCACGUGAUGCCCAAAUACAUGCCAUCGAUAGAAUACAGACAGCAUUGACUACGAAUAAAGUGUAUGCCAAACAGAAUAAAACACAAUCAAUAUCAUCAUCAAUACCUAUGACCAUAUUUGUAACAUUUAUGGUUUUUUUAGCCAUUAUUACCUCAUAUAUUCGACAUUUGUUUUUUCUACAACAAUAAUGUUACCAAUGCAUACACACACACAGAAAUAUUUUAGCAUUCUAUUUUUCUAAUAUAUUUUUAAAAAAAAUUCCUAUACAAUAAUAAAAUAAUAAAUUAGCUAGGGUACUGUCU